GCGAGAGAGAGAGAGAGAGAGACUGUGAGGGAGGGAUGUGGCAAGUCUGGCCCCUCUCUCCGAAGGGAAGCAUUUACGCGCGAUCCAGCGGUCAUUCUCCAGCAGCGCUGCCCUGCCACCGGGACUAUUUUCAUCAUGGCAACUUUUAACCUGCGCACUUCCACAUAGGCUUGCGCGCUCCUCUGCGCGGUGCGCGGAGACGGAAACAACCCCCCCCACCGCACAACUUUUAGCUGCGCACGCCGUCUGAACGCGCGGCGGUGAAGUUGUUCCACCUUCCGUUUGGUGCCAAUUAUACCGCCUGUGUGUUGCAGCCUGCCCGGUCGCCCCUGACCCCGUUACCGGGCUUUAAUGUCAUCUCCCUGGCACCUAAGUGGGGGGAAUUACUCCACUUCUGGGCUCCGAUCGGGAAAAGAAGAAGAGCAACGCGGCAGAAGGCCGCGCUCCACCCGGGUCCAGCCUCAGGGUCGCCGCUGAAGCACAGGAUCACGACUGUGUGGAUAAGAACCUUGAGGGUUUUGACAUUUUGUUUCUCGCUGUCUGUUUAUUUUUUCUAUUUUUUUCUAUCCUCUUUUGGCCUCGCUGCUGCUGCUUUUUUUUUUUUUUUUUUUUCUUUGGAGGGGGGGCGCCCAGAUGAUGGGGUGGUGUUGCUCCGGCAUAUGCGGAGCCCUGGCUCUCCUGGCGCUCCUGUGUCCCCUGCGGCAGAGAGGCUGCUGGGGGCUGAAUCCCAGCUCUGGGGAUGUGGAGGAGUCCCCGCGCUCUGACCCGGACCCCCGGGAGGCCCCGCACAGGCACAGACGCAGCUGGGUAUGGAACCAGUUCUUCGUGUUGGAGGAGUACACCGGAAAUGAGCCGCUCUACGUUGGCAAGCUGCACUCGGACGUGGACAAAGGGGACGGCAAGGUGAAGUACGUGUUGUCCGGCGAGGGCUCCUCCUCCAUCUUCACCAUCGACGAGAACACGGGGGACAUCCACGCCACCAAGCGCCUGGACCGCGAGGCGCAGGCCUACUACACCCUGCAAGCGCAAGCCGUGGACCGGAUCACCAGCAUUCCCGUGGAGCCCAGGUCCGAAUUCGUGGUCAAGGUGCAGGACAUCAACGACAACGAGCCAAAGUUCCUAGACGGGCCGUACCUGGCCGGAGUGCCGGAGAUGUCCCCUUUAGGAACCAUGGUGGUGCAAGUGGCGGCCACAGACGCAGAUGACCCGACGUACGGGAACAGCGCCAGGGUGGUUUACAGCAUCAUCCACGGACAGCCGUACUUCUCAGUGGAGCCCAAGACGGGCGUCAUCAGGACGGCGCUGCCCAACAUGGACCGGGAGACCAGGGACCAGUACGUGCUCGUCAUCCAGGCCAAAGACAUGGUGGGCCAGAUGGGCGGCCUCUCCGGCACCACCUCCGUCACCGUCACGCUCACCGACGUCAACGACAACCCGCCCCGCUUCACCCACAAAAACUAUCUGCACGCGGUGCCGGAGUCGCUGCCGCUGCGAUCCGUCGUGGCCAGAAUCAAAGCGGCCGACGCGGACGUCGGCUCCAACGCCGAGAUGGACUACAGGAUCAUGGACGGCGACGGGCCCGGCGUGUUCAACAUAACGACCGACGAGAGCACGCAGGACGGGGUCAUCGUUCUCCUCAAGCCUCUGGACUUUGAAACGAAGAGCACCUUCUCCCUGAGAAUCGAGGCUACCAACAGGAACAUUGACUCCAACUUCCUGAGCGCCGGGCCGUUCAGCGACACGGCGUCCGUCCGGGUGACCGUGGAGGACGUGAACGAGCCGCCCGUCUUCUCGCCGCCGCUCAGCAGGAUGGUCGUCUCGGAGGACGCCCGGGUGGGCACCUCCAUCGGCAAAGUCUCCGCCCACGACCCGGACAGCUCCGGCAACGCCAUCAGGUACUCCAUCGACAGAAACACGGACCUGGAGCGCUUCUUCAACGUGGACGCUCUGAGCGGCCUCAUCAGUUCGGCCAAGCCUCUGGACCGGGAGGCCAACUCCAUCCACAACCUCACCGUCUUCGCCAUCGAGACGCAGGACCCGACCCAAAUUGGAAAAGGCGUCGCUCUCAUCACCGUGCUGGACAUAAACGAUAACGCUCCGGUCUUCGCACUAGACUAUGAAACCGUCCUCUGUGAAAACGCCGCGGCAGGACAGGUGAUCCAGACCGUCAGCGCCGUGGACAAGGACGAACCUCCGAGCGGCCACCGCUUCUACUUCGCCCUCGCCGCCGCCGUCGCCGGCAACCCCAACUUCACCCUGCGGGACAACAAAGACAACACGGCCUCCGUGCUGACCAGGCGAGGCGGGUUCCGGAGGCGGGAGCAGGCCGCGUACCGGCUGCCGGUUGUGAUCGUGGACAGCGGGAGCCCCGCCCUCAGCAGCACCAACGCGCUGUCGGUGCGCGUGUGCGACUGCGACUCGGACGGCGUGGCCCUGUCCUGCGGCGCCGUGGCCUACACGGCCACCGGCCUGAGCACCGGCGCCCUGGUGGCGAUCCUGGGCUGCAUCAUCACGCUCCUGGUGAUGGUGCUGCUGAUCGUGACGAUGCGGCGGCGGCGGAAGGAGCCCCUGAUCCUGGAGGAGGAGCGCGACAUCAGGGAGAAUAUCGUCCGCUACGACGACGAGGGCGGCGGCGAGGAGGACACGGAGGCCUUCGACAUGGUGACCCUGCGCAACCUCAACGCCAUCCGGGACCCCGGGGCGCGGCGGGACGUGACGCCGGACACGCCCACCUUCUUCCGCUACGCGCCCGCCGCCCGCCCGGCCCACAAGUCGCUGCCGGACAACGUGGUGUUCCGGGAGUUCAUCUGGGAGCGGCUGAAGGACGCCGACGUGGACUCGGCGGCGCCCCCUUACGACUCGCUGCAGACGUACGCCUUCGAGGGCAGCGGCUCGGUGGCCGCGUCGCUGAGCUCGCUGGAGUCGCUGAGCGCCGACUCGGAGCAGAGCUACGACUACCUCAGCAGCUGGGGGCCGCGCUUCAAGAAGCUGGCUGACCUGUACGGCGGAGGCGAAGGGGCCGGCGUUUUCUCAUAGCCCCCCGACCCCCCAACCCCCCCCCCCCGCCCUGAACAUUUCUCCGGAACUAGAGAAACAGAGGGGGGGGGAAAAAGAAAAAAUAGAAGAAAAAAAACUCCCAAAAAAAAAGAAAGU